AUGAAUCAUGUUCAUUCUGAAGUGGGGGCCGAGACAUCAUAUAUGACUGCGUGGAGAAGCAAAGCCAUUAAUAAAAAACGUAGUAUAGAUGAAGAUAUCAACGUAUCAAGCCGCUACUUGACAAUUUGCUUAUGGAAAACCCCGGAAGUAUUACUGCGUUUGAAGUUGAUGUUGAAAGCCGAUUCACCCGUGCAUUUAUAUGUUUACGGCCAUAGAUUAAUGUCACAGAAUAUUGUAGGCCU